GCUCAUGACUGAAGGUCAUAACAUCACAGGUUUCAAGCCUAGUGGCGGUGGAUUUGGAACACGUAAAGGUCAAUCUGCGUAUGCAAACAAUGAUCCGGAAAUAUUUGAGCUGGACAAAUUACAUAUCCAAAAAAUUGAACCAUCAACGACAGAGGAAGAGUUCACGAACUAUGUUCUUCAAGUGAGCGGAGUGAAGCCAGAAUCGACCAAAUUUAUCCAUAGAGACGGAAUCGACUGGUGGUUCUGCUUCCAGAAGUUCGAGAAUGAUUCGGAUGCGGCAACUGCUCUGGGGGUGCUCAGAGAUCACAAUUUCAAAGGCAUGAUUUUGAAUGCGAUGUACUCGCGACGCAGAGAACACAUGAGAUCGCACCGCGAGAAAAUGAAACAGCAACAACAGUAUCAAUGUCAAAACCAGUUUGAAAAGCCAGCUAAUAAUGUAACAGCACAGUACCAGGAUUAUUAUCAAGACCAGUCGUUACCGCACGCUGGAUGUAUGCCCCCCGCAGCAAAUAAAUUCGGAAGAGGUGGGGCUAAUCAACAUUUCAACAGGGGGGAUCAGUUUCACAGAGGAGGAGGAGGUUAUCAUAACUCAUUUGGCGAGACAGUAAACAGAGGCGGUGCUCAUCAGUAUAAGACUAUGUCAUCAGGUGGCAGACCCUUCGAUAGAGUUGGCAGAGGCGGAGGCGGUGCUUUUAACAGUGCUGGCAGGGGAGGCUACGACAGUGCAAACAGCAAUCGACCAAUGGUCUAUUCUGGUAUGCAGUCUCGUCUUGGACCACCUGCCAAUCAACGAGAAGGAAGCUCCAAGCCUCAUCAACCUAAAGCUCAUCGAGUAAAGAAAGAAAAGCCGACAGCUGCGCGUGAAACUGGCGACUAUUUCUGCAUUUCGGAUCUGCACUUCGUAGAUGUUCGGAAACCGUUCAAGGCCGAAUGUGUGCGAAUUAACUCCCACAAAGACCUCAUUCUACAGGUGACGAAAUUGCACAACGAUGAAAUUGUUCACUCGGAAGAUUUCAGCGUCCAGAUGCAACAGAGCUUCAAUUCUGCCGGACAGACAGCUGAAAACCUUGACGUGCUUACAGCUGGGACAGUUUGCCUCGUCAAAACUGAAUCAGACUCGGGCGAAGAUCUGUUCCGUAGAGCUGUCAUCAUGUAUUCGCCGAGUGAACAAAUCUCCUCUUCCGCUCCAGCUCCGACUGAAAAUGAAAAGGACGGAAAAGAGUCGAGUGAAAUUUCGGUUGAGUUGAUCGAUUUCGGGGAAGCGAAGAAAGUGGAGCCUUCGAAGUUAUUCAAGAUUGCCCAUAGCUGUAUUGUGAAGUACCCGGUGUCGCUGUUCCAUGGUUGCUUCUCUCAUAUUGAGGUGGAAAAAGAGCAGUUGGAUGCUAUUGUUGAGAACCUCCGAGAAGCGUUGAUGCAUGACCCGACUGCCAAAGACGAGGUGCUCUACUCUGUGAUGCGCAGAGUCUACAACAGAGUGGACAUUGAGGCCCAAUUGGACGAAGACUACACUUUGACGAAAGUGCUGUACGAGUCGAAUGAUGUGUUGAUCACGGAGGCCUCACUGCAGUGGAAAAGAUACCCACAAUUGGCCCCUAUUCGCAUAAAACGCAACGUGCAAUACACAGGCAAGAUCACUCAAGUCACAUCGCCUACGGACAUGUAUGUCCAAGUACAGUCCAUAAUCAUGCCCGAAGAAUUGAACCAGAACGGUGAUAAUGGACAAGAUGUUCAUCAACCACAAGCGACUAACCAUGUGGCGGCUAAGAUAGAGCUGGAGUGUGAAAAGAUGAGACAAGAGGGUGUUUUGGCUAUGUUGUAUGAGACAAUGCCUAAUUUUGAGAUGCCGGAAAUACCCUACUAUACUCCCUUUCCUUUUGAGUUGGUGUGUGUGGAGACGAAUGACAGUGGGUGGUGCAGGGCCAACAUCGUCCAGUUCGAACCUCACCACGAGUCCAAAAAAACCACUGCCGACGUCUACCUGGUGGACUCGGGACGCACCAUGCGAAAGGUUUCGGUUUCUACAUUGAAGCCAGUUCCGAGGGAGUUCGCGCUGACUACGGAUGUAAAGUCGCCGACAUCGGAUAUCUCUAUCAGUGACCCAACCUCGAUGGUCAUUCCGGCACAAGCCAUCAAAGUGUCCUUGCCUGGUGAUUUAUUGGAGUUAAGUAGUCCUGAAAUGCUGGAUGAAUUCAAAGGGCUUGUGAUAGGCAGCUGUGUUCAGCUGAAAGUUGUCUCGAUGCCCAGGAAAUUCUCAAACGAUCCCUUCUUAUGUAAUCUGCAACUUGUGUCUCAAGAUGAUGGUUCUGGAGCAAAUGCUGUUACGGACCUGGCCGCUUUCUGUGAGUCGAAAGGACUGAUCAAAGCAAAGCCUCCCCCAAAGGACGCCGCUGAGAUCUUCAGUCCGAAUGAAACUUCCUCGUCCAUAGAGAUCAAGCGCGAGCCGAACAGCGAAUCGGGAUCCGGAGAUGGUCCCGGAAGAGUAAUGGCGAAUGGAAACGAAGGUAUCCCAAGGAGUCAUUUGAUAUCGGCAUUCGACGAAGAUUCCAGCACCCAGAUGUCAAGUGAAUAUAUUGACAUCGACAACACUGCAAGCGAAGCGCAGCACGAUGAAGCAUUGCGGGAAGAAGUGGCACAUUUGCGAGAUAGAGUUCAAUGUCUAGAAGACCAGUUAGCCGAAAUGCAGGAGUUCAAACGCUCAGUGGUGAACCAGUUGAACAAGUUCAAAAAGGUCUUCUCCGACUAAAUUUGAUUUGAAAAACUGAAUAAAACUUGAAGAAUUUGUAUUGAAUAUUUUUCUAAAACUUCAGUCUGAUGGUUGAUAAUUUGUCUUGAGUUUUGUUUCUGGUCAAUGUUUCUGUUUGUUUUUGAUUAACAGGAAAUUUAACUUAUAAAUUGCACAUGAUUAUCAUU